UUGCCAAUCCCACAUCCAAGUCGGAUCGGAUUUUGAACUGCAGUUUGUCGUCAUCUUUUUAUCCACUGUUUUCUUGGCCGUAAAUAGCGCUGGAAGAUUGUAAACAAUUUUUAAAAUGCGUCCAAUAACCCCAGCAGGCAAGUUUUUGGACACCGAUCGAUGAUUUAGCAACAAAACCCGCACCUGCAAGCGGCGUCUUAUCUCUGAUUUUACACCAAUCUCUUUCCGGUCGGCAGAAAAGAAUGACUGACCUUGGUGGACUACCGUGAGACUUACGAGGACCGCUCCACGAUGCCAUGGUGGCUGAACCUGCGACAUACCCUGCGGAGCGCCCAGUUCUGGUGGACAGCCAUCAAAACUUCGGUGCUCAUCCUUGUCUACUAUGGCCUCUCCAUCGGCCUCACAUUUUACCAGAGGCAAUUCACUCAGGAUUUCCACUAUCCACUGACAAUUGUCCUGUGCCACUUGUUGAUCAAAUUCAUAUUGGCGUGGCUUUGUCGUAUUAUUUAUGAAGCUGCAACGUCAAGAGAAAGACCACUAGUCGAAUGGAAGAGCUACGCUUCUCAGGUGCUGCCUGCAGGAGCCGCCAGUGCUCUCGACAUCGGCUUGUCCAAUUGGGGCCUCGAGUUGGUCACAGUUUCUUUAUACACAAUGACGAAGUCAACAUCAGUUAUUUUCAUCCUAGGUUUUGCACUAUUGUUUAAACUUGAAAAGAAGUCAUGGUCCCUGUUGUUGAUUGUAACAAUGAUCUCUAUCGGCCUGAUAAUGUUCACAUACAAAUCAACACAAUUUCAAGCAGUUGGCUUUCUGCUUGUUUUGAGUGCAUCGUUCAUAAGUGGUCUUCGCUGGACGUUGGCUCAGAUGAUGAUGCACCGCAGCAAAUUGGGUCUCGGCAAUCCCAUUGACAUGAUCUACCACAUGCAGCCUUGGAUGGCUGUGACCCUGAUUCCAUUUGUGGUUCUCAUCGAAGGGGUUUCACUUGCGAGCACUUACCAAGCAUUCCGUUUUGACCAAUGGUCCGAGCUGGCACACACCGUUUUUGGCAUUCUGCUAGGUGCCUCUAUAGCAUUCCUCAUGGAGAUAUCAGAGUUCCUCCUCAUCAUGGUUACGUCCAGUCUCACCCUCUCAAUUGCAGGAAUUUUCAAAGAGGCCUGCACAUUUAUCUUAGCUGUGAAAUACAACGGUGACAAAAUGUCCCCCUUCAACGCAAUUGGCCUGGUCAUCUGCCUGUGCGGAAUUCUAGUCCACGUGUUGAACAAAGCGAUCACGCCAGCGAAGCCUGAAAAAGAGGACGAAGAAGAACUGUUCUCGACUGAUGUGCGCAUGCCGUUGCUAGACAUGGGCAGGGGUGUCUUGUUGGUGGAAGAUGCUAUUGGUCAGGAAGACCUAAUGACCACUGACGAUGAUGAGGACGUUUUGUUCAAUAUUGUUAAUAGACGAGAGCUCAGUUGAUAGUUGAUAUACAUGAACAAUUUAAUUUAUCUAUCGUUUCACGAGCUGAAAAUUUAAUUCUAAUCCAUGACUGAAAACAAAUGAAGCGUUGAAACACUUGCCGCUGGUGCCUUAGGCAUUUAAUGUAAUUUAAUUUAAUCUCGACCAAGGAUGUGCAGUGCAAUCAUUUCUCAUUCCAAAAGAAAGUUGAUUUAUUUGUUUAUUAUGAAAGGGUGAAAAUUUAUUUUGUUUUUCUAAAAAUGUAAGAACAGUAUUUAUCUUGUUUGUAAAAGCACAUUUUGAAAUAAAAAUGCCAGAAUAUUGAAUGGG